AUGUGUCUCAUGAUCAUAAAGCGCGACAUUCUAGAGGCAUCCAGGGGUGCAGUAUCUAAGGAUAUUACCAAUGUAAAGGUGUUCCUUAUGAAAAUCGAAAAACGAUUUGUAAGGAAUGAUAAGGCAGAAACGGGUGCGAUUUUAGCACGCCUUAUUACCUUAAAGUAUAAAGGCAAUGGUAAUAUAAGAGAACACAUCUUGGAAAUGUCCCAUAUAAUUUCAAGGCUAAAUGCACUUAAGCUUGAUCUUUCUGAAUAUCUUCUUGUGCAUCUGAUACUCCUCUUGCCACCAGCUCACUAUAACUAG